AUGUCCGAGACCGCUCCCACCGCCGCCCCCGAUGCGCCCGCGCCGGGCGCCAAGGCCGCCGCCAAGAAGCCGAAGAAGGCGGCGAGCGGCUCCAAAGCCCGCAAGCCCGCGGGGCCCAGCGUCACCGAGCUCAUCACCAAGGCCCCCAAGAAGCCGGCGGCUAAGAAGCCCGCCAGCGCUGCCAAGAAGCCCAAGAAGGCGGCGGCGGUGAAGAAGAGCCCCAAAAAGGCGAAGAAGCCGGCGGCUGCAGCUGCCAAGAAAGCGGCCAAGAGUCCCAAGAAAGCCGCGAAGGCAGGCCGCCCCAAGAAGGCAGCGAAGAGCCCGGCUAAGGCGAAGGCGGUGAAGCCCAAAGCGGCCAAACCCAAGGCGGCCAAACCCAAAGCGGCCAAGGCAAAGAAGGCGGCGCCCAAAAAGAAGUAA